ACUGAUGGUCAGACAAAAGAAGCCAUUCGAUAAACUGAACAAAGGCUUUAGAAAAUUGUGGCUAUUUAAAAAAGAAAAUCUUUUUCCAACAAUGUUUCUGACCAAAAAAAUCCACAAAUUAAUUAAUGAUGACAAUUGCUAGUUGGUGCCAAGAUCCAAAAUACAUUUUGUCUUCUCCAUUGUCAUUUUUCACAAUUCUCACUAUAUUUGCAGUAUUUGUCUUAUUUACAUCAAUAAAACUAAAGUAAGUAAAAAACAAAACUAAAAUGAAUCAUACAUGUAUUGAAAUGAAUAUCACAAAUGUGGUGGCUCUAGAGUCAGAGAAAAGAUUAUCCGGAAUCUUUCGCAUCCAGGCAUAAUGUUUUGGGAGUUUUUUUUAACAAAACGCUACAAGUCAGUUAUUGACGUUACCACCGUAUGCAGGAAGUAAUGGCUUCCUGCUGCUGCAUGAUACUUCAUCGAAACACAGCUUCCCCAUAUCACACACACACAAAGCGCAGCAGCAGGCGUCUGGUUCUCAUAUAUUAGCAUCACCAUGUCAAGUCAAAGCGAGCAAACCAUCACAAGAGACAAUCUACUGCAAACACCUGAACAGGAACUCGGCUCCUCAAAACCCAAACAGUUCUCACCUGCCAAUGUACGUAAACUAGGGUUGACGAGGAAGACGAGAGACAGGAGGGACGAUCACAACCCAGAAGAGAGGGCAAGGAAACACAAGGAGCUGGAGCUGAAGCCUCUGUAUAAAGAGCUGCUGUACACCAUCACUCAUAGAAUGGGCAAACCGUCCUCCGCUGAGGUCUUCACGGAGAGCCAGCUCCACCAGUACAUCCAGGAGGCCUUCACCAUGACGGAGGCAGAGCACAGAAGCCUGAUGGAGAGGGUGCACGGCACAGAGCCUCCAGUAUACUGCCUCAUGGCCACUGUAAAGGAAGCCAAGGAAAUCCUGGGAAAAGACAUCAGUGGUUUCAGUGACCCAUACUGCCUGCUGACCAUCAUGGAGGAUGAGGAGGAGAGCCGAACACGGCGCUCCAAAGCCAAACCCUCUAAAUCUAUUGUGAAGGACGUUGUAUCCAAUGACAAAAUCUACGAGUCAGAGAUAAAGAAGCAGACUCUAAACCCUAUUUGGAACCAAACCUUCAUACUAGAGUUCAGAGACAUCGCCGGUGCCAGUUUCCAUCUUGAGAUGUGGGAUAAGGACGAAGAGCUUUCCCUCACCCAGAAACUAGAGGACAUCAAAACCAACUUCAGCAGUUUGAAAAGGAUGAUCAAGGAUGCCAAAAAGGAGAAAGGCCAGGAUGACUUUUUGGGCAAGGUGGUCCUGAAACUACAGGAUCUCCACUGUACUGAAGACAACUGGUACAAUCUGGAGCCCAGAACAGAGACGUAUCCUAAUCGCGGCAAGUGCCACCUGAACCUCAAGUUCAUCCAUAAAGCGAGAGACGGGACGCUGAGUGCCGGUCGUAGUGCUUACAUCAACUACUGCGGGAUUCUGCAGCAGUUUGUUGAGGCUUACAUUUCCAAGCAAAAGAGUUCCGCCCCGUGGAAAGGGGCGCUGUGUGGCGAGGCUCAGACUCUGCUGGAGUUCUACGCCUCGCAGAAUGACCUCUCACCUUUCCUCCAGGACCUGGCGAAGUGGGUGGCUUACAGCAAGCUGUACCAGAGUUUAGAGGUGGAUUCUUCUGUGCUCUUCCAGCAGCUGACCAGCGUAGAGUACCACUGGCGACAGCAGGAGCUGCCGCACCAACAAAAACAGGAACUUGGGGACUCUCUUCAUGGUUUCCUGCAGUACGGACUGUGUCUGGUGGCCAAAUACAGAGACAUCUUCCCCCCGACUCCCAGCGCUACUCCGAAACUACACACACUGCUCAGAAUCUUGGUCCAGAUCUGUAAGACUCAGGCGUUUCAGAAACUGAACCCGGCUCAGUUUGAGUUACACGACGAGGUCAGCGAUGCCAUACAGACAGGUACACAGGAGUGGUUCACUCUCAAAAAGGGUCUGCAUCAGCCGAUGACUAAGGACCUGGCAGAGAUCGUGAACGCCCUCUCCAGGUUGAUUGGGGAGGUGCAGGAAGACAUAAAGCACAACAAGGACGUUUGGAAUCGGGUUUUUCUCAGUGCCGUGCAAGUGGACGUGUUCACUGUUGUCUACAAAAGGUUUGACUCCCUGAUCGCAAAAGAAGUGAGGAAAACGUUGUCCCUGCUGCAGGGUCAGAUGGAGCAGGCUCUGGCCAACACCCUUUUCCCUGUGUACCUGAGCCUGCAGGCCAUCCACAAAGACAAGGCUUUCUUAAAGACAAGGGGAUCACUUGAGUUGACCAACUUUCAAGAGGACUUCAGGGACGCUCUGCCCUACUGGCUGAACCAGGCGUUCAGUCGAACUCAGGAGAGGGUGGAGAGGGCUGUGCAGGUAGACCAGCUCCAGCCCCUGCAGUCUGGUGCGGUGCCCAUAAAACACAGCACCUCAGCGGUGGACCUGGUGGCCUGCAUCCAACCUAUCUGCCAUCUGUGGGAGCAGCUGUCCUGGCCCGACCCCGAGGAGGCCUUCAUGCUCAUGGUCAAGCUCACCGAGGAUGUGUGCAAGAUUGUGGUGAACUACUGUCACACACUGAAGGAGAGGGUCAGGGUGCUGUCGGAGAACUCCGACCCCGGCAGUGCCAUCAACAUGUUGUGCGUGGUGGUGAAUGACUUGGAGCACUUGCGGUCAGUGCUGAACCGACUGCCCACACAGCUGAACUGGGCAGGACUUCGAGACCGGACCCAAAACGUGAUCGGAGAAAGCCAGUUCCACAACACCCUGCCCUCACAGCUGCAGCAAGCCCAGAGCGUCCUCGGCCGAGAGAUCCGCUCUGCUCUGGACACCCUUGGGAAAAAGUUGAACACAGACAUCGAGACUCAAGUCCGGAACAUGUCAACCAGGAAGAGGCUUCCCUCCAAGUCCACAGAGGACGCCGCAGCCCCCUUGAUGCGCUACCUGGAGCAGGAGCUGCAGUACAUGAACGAAAAUCUGGUUCAAGAGAACUUCAACAGUCUCCUGACUCCUCUGUGGAAUAACUCGGUGAAGAUCCUCUACCAGGUGGCCACCCAGCAUCCACAGCAAGGGGGGCUCAUGGUGUUCUGCCAGAGACUGCUGUAUACGCUGCAGUGCCUGGAGCAGUGCUUCCUCGCUGAGGGAAAUGGGCUCCCGGAGAAAACGCUCCACUCUGAUGAGUAUAUGGCUCUCAAAGCUCAUCUGACUCACAACUCUCUGAGCAGCUGUCAGCUUAUUGAGAAGUUCCUUGAGAGGAAAAUACAGGAGCAGAACGUGAACACCUCGGAGAAAUACGGUGCCGUCACCCUCCUGGCUUCCUACAGCAGAUCAGACCAAAGGCUCAGAGUUGAGGUGUUGAAUGCGGUCAACCUCUUGCCAAUGGACUCUAACGGUCUCAGCGAUCCGUUUGUGCAGCUGUGCCUGGAGCCCAACCACGUUUUCCAAGAAGUGGAGACUCGCUGCACUCGCACCAAGAGCCGUGAUCUCAAUCCGCUUUUUGAGGAGGCCUUUGAAUUUCUGGUAUCCCUGGAUCAGUGCCGGGCUCCGGGGGCAUGCCUGGUGCUGACGGUUCUGGACCACGACACCUUGAUGACGGAUGACUUUGAAGGCGAGGCCUUCCUGGCCCUCAAGGGCCUACCGGGAGUCGCUAGGGAUAUGAAAGGAGAUGAACUCAGCCUACAGCCUGAAGUCACGCCUGCUCAGAUCCGAUUGCCUCUAAUUCAUCCCAAACAUAAUGACGACAGCAUUCUGGCACUUCUUGAGUCCAGGAGAGGAGAGCAAGAGGCUCAAGCCUACGUGAAGAAGCGGAGGCAGAGAGAGAAACAGUCCCAGGAGGGGAUUCAACCCUAACAAACACCACACAACAACUUCUUCCUUCCAAAAAUAUACAAUUUAUUUUUAAUGAGCUGUACCAAAAACAAAGAUAUCCAUUGGCGUCGGAUGAACUGCGUUAGUGAGCAUGGGUUUAGGGAGGGGGAUCAUCAACUCUUUCACACCUGCAUUUAAACGUCAUGCACCUCACACAUCUGGCUGCUUCCUGAUGCUAGGUCUUAAUCAGUGCAAGAAAAACGUAUGGUAUCACUUAACUAUGUGUGUGUGUGUGUAUAUAUACACACACGCAUGUAUAAUAUAUAUAUCAGACUACAUUUGACACACAAAAAAUGUCAAAAAAUACUACAAAUGUAAAAAACUAUGUUGGCAAAGAAACCGGUGAGACAUUGAUUCGAAACAGAAAAUGGGCCGCGUUUUAAUAAAAGUUGGUACGUCUGAGUUGACAUGAAAAGCUUUUAAGUAAAAUUAGAAAAGAAAUUUCAAAGACUACACAAGACGACUGAAUACAUUUGCUUUGAUUGUGUUCACAUGCGUUCCUCUUCCAGCCUAUGCAGAGGAAUAUUAGAGAUAACCUGAGAGUUUUAAAAGAGGCCAUCUGUUGUAAAUUGAAACAAAUAUUAAUACAUUUUUAAAUAAAUUCUGUUAUUCAACAGUAAUUGACCCUUUUAUAUAUAUUUUGGUAGAAAAGAAACUAUGGAAAUUGUUUUUAAUUAAAAAAGAAAUAAUAAUAAUAAGCUGCACUCCUUUCACUGGAGGAUGCUGAACAUGCACUUUAAUUGUUUUCAGUCGGACCUCUUGAUUCUGUUAAGACCGCUCAUAACCCUGCUAACUGCUAACCCGCUGUAUCGUGCGUCCACCUAAAAGGUUUGGACAGCUUUGCUGUACAACAACUUAACAUGCCUCUUUUCAGAAAUCAUAAAACAGUUCUCAUGUUGACCCUAAAUAGAAUGCAAACACUGAAUGUGACCUGGCCACUGAGUAUUAAAAGUCAGUAAAGACGA